CAAACUAACCAUUAUUAGUGACACCGACUUUCGAGAAGGAAGUUGUAAAUAAACGUGCUGAUCACAAAAGUUAAAAUUAAUAUUUAAUGCCUGACAGAUGCUUUCGGCUGUUGUAACAAUAUUGUACACUGCAUUAAAUACGUAAUACAUAUAUUUAUAUAAUAAUGGAGUAUAGUGUAGGUAGUUUAGCAGAAUUAAUUUCUGGUAUAAAUGCACCUAACAAAACUAAAAUUGUAAAAACCAAUAUUAAAAAAGAGAAGUCUGAUGAGGAGAGCAAUUAUAAAAAUAAAAAAGGAAUUAAACAUGAGAACCCUAUUGAAAAAAAAAGUAGUCAGCCCAAAGGAUUAGGAAAGAAAUCAAUUUCAAAAAAGAGAACUUUUGGAGAAGUAGAUAAUGAAGAUUUUUCGUUUCAAACCCCUGUAAAAAAGAAGAAAAUCAAGUUAAAUCAGGAAAAUGUAAAAGGGACUAAAAAAAGUAAAAAGAAUAAACCAUUUUCAAAAACAAAUACCCCAGCAAAAAGUUCAUCUGCAUCUUCUAAUCCUGUUGUUUCUGAAGGUGCUGUGAAUAUAGAGAAUGCUGUAAACCGAAUAAAAAAUGCAAAUAAUAAAAAAACUAAGAGUUCGGCGGAGUAUGUUAACAGAACUGUGUUUGUUGGAAAUCUACCAAUAAGUAUAAAAAAGGAAAAAAUAAAGAAGCAUUUUAAAAAAUAUGGACAGAUUGAAGCUGUUAGGAUUAGGGGAAUACCAGUGAAAGAUCUUAAAGUAUCAAAGAAAGUAGCAGCAAUUAAAAAGGAAUUUCAUCCAGAUCGUAAUACUGUAUAUGCAUUUAUUAGAUUCUGUAAUGCAGCUGAUGCAAAAAAAGCAGAAGAAGCCAAUGGAGAUCUAUUUGAAGAGCAUCAUCUCAGAGUUGAAUAUUGUGAAGAAAGUAAUAAACAUGACGAGUCUAAAGCAAUUUUUAUAGGAAAUUUAAGUUUUGAUGCAGAAGAAGAGGAAUUGUGGAAAUUGUUUAAUGUGUGUGGCCCGAUAUCUCACGUACGUAUUAUAAGAGAUGGGCGUACAGGAAUGGGUAAAGGUUUUGGAUAUGUUAACUUCAAAAAUAUCGAUUCAGUUCAGUUAGCACUGGAAAUGGAACAAGUCAGCCUUAAAAAUAGGGUUUUGAGGAUUUCAUUGUGUAACUCUACUAAAGCAAAAAAGAAAAAUGAAAAAACAACAAGAAACAAGAAAAUGAAUAGCAAGUCAAAAGAAAAGAUUGAAGCCAUUAAAUAUGAAAAAACUAACCAAAGUUCAUUUGUGGGCAAGAAAUCUGCAACUAAAAAGAAGAAUAAACUAAAUAAAGGUACUAAAGAUAAGAAGAAAUUAGCUGAAAAGUUACAAGGAAAGUCAAAAGUAGAAAAAGAAUAACAACAAAUCCUUUUAUUUUAAAUUUCUUUUUAUUUUAUCUUGAAUUGUUACAGGAAAAUUGUUCAUAUGUAAUUUAGCACAUUUUAUACAGUGAGUUCCUUCGAAAUAAAUGCUACAGUGCAUAUCUUUACAGA